AUGGAAUAUCCCUGGCUCAGAAUCGCCACUGGAUUGGUGUUUAUUUUUCUGGGCAUUUCCAUCUACAUUGCUGUGCUUGCCAGCCGAAGACUUUACUAUAAGCCCUAUGGAAUCCGCGCUGGCGUGUGGUGGCUCAAGGUGUCGGCAGCACUAGUGAUACUAUGGCAGGCUCUUUGGGUUCUGGUCCCCCUUUCGGAGAUGCGGCCCUUCGUCUCCAUGUUCCACCUCGCAUUCACAGGGCACCUCAUGGCCUUGAGCGAGCUAUUAUCGGGCUUUAGCUACUCCACUGUUCUCUUCUCCCAGCUUGUUCUUGCCUGGGGAUUCAAGACGAACCAGGCCAGCAACAACAAGCUGAGGCGAUGCCUUGCUUGGGCAUUUUGCCUGGCCAUGGGUAGCUUGAUCGUGAUGCGCUUCGUCAUCGUUGAGCUGCUUGCUCGGAGGUCAUGGUCAACCGACUUCCCUCACUUGAGCUUCAUGAUUGCUGAGGGAUCCAUCUACGCCGUGCUGCCCACAUGGCUGAUCAGCAGCCUUCUCUUGAUGGCAGCUGGAGGCGGCUUGGUUUACUGGGUCAAUACCAGGCCAGCACGCGCGACUCAUGCCUCUCGACUGAUGACGGCUGUCCACAGCCUCAGCUUCAUUCGCCAUCUGUACGAAACCAUUUGCCAGUUUGUCGAACCGACCGAAGGCCCAAUCGAUAUCCUUAGCAUGGGCUCCAGGACCUUCCGACUGGUUCCAAACACAAUAUUUAUCAAUGGGACAAUGGUGGCUUGCCUAUGUCUCAUUUACCGCAUCGCUUUCCAGUACAGCGAUGAUCUUCAAGAGGAGUGGCGGCAAAGCAAAGAGUACAGCCAUGACUCCGAGUCGGAAGAUAUUGUUGCCUUUUAA